AUGUUGACUCAGACAUUGCCGGUGUCAGAGUGGAUUACUGUCAGCGCUGAUUCUAUCAAAACGGCUUGGAUCUAUGCUGGGACAAACUCUAUUUGCGGCUCCAUCUUGCCAAACCACGCUUCUCUUGCUAGAAGACUCCAUCUGACAUGCACAAUCUUGCUCUUCCUGUUAUCUACUAUAAUGGUCGUGAUCCAUGUCACCUUGAGGUCCAUCAGAAACGCGUUAAAUCAAUAA